UCUCUGCAUUCUUCUGUCUAGCUGCAUGCCUGCGCCGCACGCCUCCGCUCAACCUUUAGCAGGAUUCAACGAGAAGACAUUCAAUUCUUCGAAUCAGCUCUUUUCUUCCAUGUUUUACUCUCUUAUCUUUUAUCUAUAUAGUAUAAAAUAUUUUAAAUAAAAUAAACUAUAAAAAAUCUUAAUUAAAAGAUAAUAAACCUAAGUUUCCAAAUUAUACAAAAACCCUUAAAUCCCCAACCCUAAGAUUUCUCUCUUAACUCUCAAGUCUCAACACGGUUGCCCUCCCCUCCCCACUUCGGCCUCUACUCUGGUACAGCCGCUCGCCUUCCGCCGAUCGUCCCUCUGUUCAUCACGCUGUCAACGUCGUUGCUGCGUCCGCUGGUCCUGGUUGCUUCUUCGCUCUCCUCCGCCGCUUCCUCUGGUCCAGUCGAUUUGCCGUCCGUUGCUGCUCCUCGCGGCGUCCGGUCCUUACCUGGUACCAUCCCUAUAUAGCAGCAAGAGAAGUAGCGUCCAUGGAGAACGGUGAAAUUCCUGAAAACGCCAACGAAAAUUGCCCUGGUCCUCAAUCGGAAUCAGCUGGAAAAUCAGAUGAUUGCCAAGGAUGCCCUAACCAAGAAGCUUGUGCCUCAGCCCCUAAAGGCCCCGACCCUGACUUGGUUGCAAUUGCAGAGCGGAUGGCUACUGUAAAACAUAAGCUAUUGAUUUUAUCAGGGAAAGGUGGAGUUGGCAAGAGUACAUUUUCUGCCCAACUCUCAUUUGCACUAGCAGCUAUGGACUUCCAGGUUGGUCUUUUGGACAUUGACAUUUGUGGACCAAGCAUUCCUAAGAUGCUUGGCCUAGAAGGUCAAGACAUUCACCAGAGCAACCUUGGCUGGUCUCCUGUAUAUGUUGAGUCAAACCUUGGGGUCAUGUCAAUUGGUUUCAUGCUUCCAAACCCUGAUGAAGCUGUUAUUUGGAGGGGGCCCCGCAAGAAUGGUCUCAUCAAGCAAUUUCUAAAGGAUGUGUACUGGGGAGAGCUUGAUUUUCUGGUGGUUGAUGCCCCACCUGGGACCUCAGAUGAGCAUAUCUCAAUUGUCCAAUUUCUACAGGCCACUGGAAUAGAUGGUGCAAUUAUUGUCACUACUCCACAACAGGUCUCUCUAAUUGAUGUGCGUAAAGAAGUGAGUUUCUGUAAGAAAGUUGGAGUGGAGGUCCUUGGGGUUGUUGAGAACAUGAGUGGCUUGUGUCAACCAUUGACGGAUUUUAGGUUUAUGAAGUUGACCGAAGCUGCUGAACAACAAGACAUCACAGAAAAGGUUUUGGAAUGUAUGAGAGAGAAAGCUCCAGAGAUGCUUGGUUUGAUUGCUUAUAGUGAAGUAUUUGAUAGCAGUGGCGGUGGUGCAACACAUAUGUGCAGAGAGAUGGGGGUGCCUUUUCUUGGGAAGGUACCAUUGGAUCCACAUCUGUGUAAGGCAGCUGAAGAAGGGAGGUCCUGUUUCGCCGAUCAGAAGUGUGGAACAAGCGCUCCUGCACUGAAGAACAUUAUUGAGAACUUGCUGGCGGCAAAAAAGUGGAAUUAGAAAAUGCAGACUACAGCAGAUUAGUAUAAGAUGACAAAUAAUUUUCUACACCUCGCUUGGUUUUCCUCUUUUCUUAUAACUUAAUAUUUUUUCUUUGCUAAAUGGAGUCUUCUCCACCUUUUUCUUUUUCAUUGAUUUUCCGAGUUACACAAGUUAAUCACCUUUGCUUUUGUAUGCAUCAGGUCAGUAUGUUAAGGUCUACCUUUUUAGUCACUUGGGCUUCGUUGGUGCUUUAUCGAACUUUCACUUCCUCAUUAGACGAUUGUUAUCGUCUGUUUGUCUAUUAAAAUAUUAAAGAAUUUGUAACUUGUUAGAAGUUGUAUUAAAUCUUAUAAGUUUUAUUUUUUUUAAUAAAAUUAUUAAAGUGUUUGAUUAUUA